GAGGCAAUUUCGAUGUGUUGGACAGAAAAAAAGUUUGAAAGGCUAAGAACAAAGACCUGGCUAGUGAGGAAAGGAAGAAUAAAGGGGAUUUUGUUUUGCCUUUUCCCGAUUAAAAAGAAUAAAGGAGAUGGCACCGAGGGUAAAAGAAUGACGUAUUUCUAACCGCAGGCAGACAGAAAGGGGAGAGGGGAGGCAAGAGAGAGAAAGAAGGACAGAAGGACUUUCAACAUUCCUUGUUUUUGGUUUUUUUUAAGAGUAGUGCGGAAACCAUGUUAUUUCGAAAGAUAAAAAAAGGGUGAAAAAUACCGCCCGCCUUUCAGGGCAGAUUCUUUUUGACGCUUCGUGUCUCCUAUGGGAUACGAAGAGGGUGCGCUACGUCCUCCAAGGCGACAGAGUGGCGCUCUUUUCUUUUUGAGGCGUUACUGCUUAGACGGGAAACUCGCGAAGACUUCCCGGGCAAGUGCCGGCAAAUAUGGAGCGGGCGGGCGAAAGGACGGCACGCCCGCUGACAGGGUUCGGUGAAGAAACCUCCGCUCCGGUCCCUGAGAUGCUCGGAUCACUUGAGGGCUCGCCGCCUUGGCUGCAGUCCCCGGACUCGGGCUGGGAACGACUUCGAGAGCUCUUUCGGCGGGACGAACACCGGGAAUUCCCAGAAGAAUCUAUCUAUAUCGUUAAAACAACAUUUACAGCGGGUCUUGUUGGCUUCGUCUAUGGUGGUAUACCUGGAUAUGUAAAUGCCAAAAAACAGUACAUUGAGCAAUGUGGGGGAGAACUCUACCAUAAUCGGCUGGAUGCUGUGCAAUCUAUGCAACGUACAGCAAACAGGGGAUUCAUCCGAUAUGGUUGGCGGUGGAGCUGGAGAGUUGCUGCUUUUGUGACAAUAUUCAACACAGUGAAUACUGGCUUGUCUGUAUAUCGUGAUAAAAGUACCAUUGGUCACUAUACCAUUGCUGGAGCUUGUACCGGCAGCUUGUUCAGAAUGUACUUGGGCUUGAGAGGUCUGAUUGGAGGCAGUGUUAUUGGAGGACUCUUGGGUGGUUCUCUGGGAAUAUUACUAAUGGGACUGCAAAAUGUUGCUGGAGAAACCUUUAUUGAGAGAAAGAAAAGGAAGAAAAGUGAGCUAUAUGCAUUAAAGAUGGCAAAGUGGAAAGCCACUCUUGAUAGCCAUGAAGAUAUUUCAGAAGGAACAGAUAAUAUACUACAGGAAAAAGAUGACAGAUAAUCUUGGAAAUUCAAGUUUAAAAAUGGACUAGAAGCCCUUUGUUGGAUGGAGAGACGCUUGAAUGCCUCUAGACAAAUGAUUAAAUAUGUGCAGGUGACAACAACUUUUUUUGUAAAAAAAUAAUAAAGAUGUAUAAAAAUAAUUCAUGGGAAUAUUCAUAUAAAACAUAAAUUCUUAGAUGUACUAUUAAUGCUCCCUUAAAUAUAAAAAAAAUCAGUAAAUCUAUUUGAAAAACUGUGGCUUUUGUUCAGUUUUGAGCCCAUAAUAUAAAAAGUUUGAAAACCGUAUGUCUCAAUAUGUACCUUAUAUUGAAUCUUUAUAGUAAGUUAGUACCUCACAUUCCCAAUACUUCUUUCUAGACAGAAUUGUCUAAAACUCCUUCAUUUCUUAGUGCCACUCCCGUGCCACCAAUGAUAAUGAGAUGAGUUUAUUCUAUUCCUGCAACUAUUACUUAAAAAAUAAUUACCUCAUUUGAAUGAAUGUUAGGAAAAGGAAAGAAAAUAUUUCUGUGUCUGAGCAAUCUCAUUCAGCUCUGUUUUGACUUUCCCAUUCUAGCAAACAACCAUGAGAUGAAGAUGAAUAAAAAAACAUAUCUCUCAAAUAUGUAAACUGGUACUGGCAUCUAAUUGAUGCAUCAACUGAUCCCCCCUCCCCCAAUAAAUAUGGCAUGGAAGGAAACUACAUACCACAGUGAGUGAUUAUGUGAGUUAGUUCAUGAAGAAUUAUGGUUGUUUAGGUUUGUAUUCUUCGAGCCUAUUUCAGCUGACCCAAUCAUAUUUUAUUUGUAAGAUAAUUUCAAACAUGUUUUCAAAAAUAAUAAAUAAAAAAAUUAAUACUGUUCUAUUAUAUGGGUUGCAAUAUAAAAAUUAACCAUUUUUAUAUAUUACACUGAGGAACAUAAGUAAAUCACUUUAUAUUUCCUAUGUUAAUUUAUAAGAUGUGUUUGAAGAUUUUUGUCUCAACACUGAGAUAUUAUGUGCCAUUUCAUAUACAAUAUUUAAGCUUAAUGUGAAAAUGGGAGUAAAGCUGCUAGAAAAUAUUUGGGGCAGCGUAAAAAUGCAUUCUUAGAAGAGGGAAAAUUGAGCUAAUUCAGAUGAAGCGACUGAUGGAAAAGGUUGUAUUAUAAAACAACAUUGGAAGAAGAAAUAUUCUUCCCUUUAUUAGGGUACUUUUACUUUUUGAAGAACUUUUUUGAAAUCAGGGAAAUUGUGGACUUCAAAAAAGAUAGCAGUAAAUAGUCAUGAGCAUGCUAUUUGUGUUUUGUAGUAUAUGGAUGACCCCCAUUCAAUUCAGAAAAAUCGAUAUUUGUAAGCUUGCGUAUACAUAUAUUAAUCACACACAUAUAGUGUGAUUGACACGUGUUAUACAUAUGUUAUACAAACACAUGCUUAUAAAUAGAUACUUUCCUAUAAAUAUUUAAUUGUCUCAUUUUCAUAGUAAACUUGAUGAAAAUGAAACUCUUAACAUUAUUCCAGCAGUCCCCAAACUUUCUGGCUCAGUGGCAACGGGGUGGGGGAGGAGAGAGGAUGGUUUUGUGCACGCACUGCUUGCAUAAAUGCAGCUUCAUGCACUCACCUACCACUUGGAUGCUCCAGUUCACAAAGUGUCGGGCGACAGACCAGGGGUUGAGGACCCCUGCAUUAUUUUGUACUUUACAGAUUUAUAAUUGUAUAAAUUAGAUGAAAUAUUUUCAGUAUAAUUGAGGGUUUGAAGCAGUUGCUUCUCAGAAAGUUCCACAAUGACUUAUGAACUGUCUAAAAUUUAAUGAAGAGACAUUGAUACGAAUUUUUUUGUUUACUGUAUGUAUACUGUAUGAAUACAAAGCAAAACCUUUGAUAUGAAAUCAAGAGCCAUUUUCAAAUAAAACUGGAAUGUGGUAUUUGUUACAAAUCACCUGAAUUAAAGUAUAAUAAUUAGUG